AUACAUUAAGACAAAUACAACACUGACCAGCGCAUAUGCGUUAAUUAAUCACUUUUACUGUUUACUUUUUUAAUAUAAACUGCGUUAAUUAAAUUAACAAUUAGUGCAGCAAGAACCAACUACGACGCGAAAUCAAACUUAAAAUCUCCGAGUAGCUGAAUCGUCGCCAUCGCUUCGCACCGUUCCAUCCGUUCCAGCACUCGAAGAAAUCUCUGUGAAGUGAACUGAAGCAAGGCCUUUCGCUCUGCAUCUUUGGCAAUCACAAAUUACAAGUGUUUGUUGCAAUGCAUAUGUAAAUUCAUUCGAGGAGAGUAUCGGAGCGAGCGCAUAUAUAAUUUACAGCUUGGCCUUCCACUUUCCAACCACAACAACACAGCAGCAGCGACGACCACUCACUAGCUCUCACACUCACACACAGACGCACGCACAGUCACACAGAGUGAAAGAGAGAUAACCUGGUGUGAGGCAAUCACCGUCAUCGCCUCCGUUUUGUCCCCCAGCCCAGUCUAGCUUUUGAAUUUAAUCAACAAGAAAACGCACUGCACAGACGGAACGGAUCGCCAUUGAAAUAUGGGUCUUUUACUCUCCCGCUUAUGGCGAAUGUUUGGGAACGAGGAGCACAAGCUGGUGAUGGUGGGCCUGGACAAUGCGGGAAAGACGACCAUCCUGUACCAGUUCCUGAUGAACGAGGUGGUCCACACGAGUCCCACCAUCGGAUCCAACGUGGAGGAGGUUGUGUGGCGAAACAUACACUUUCUGGUGUGGGACCUCGGCGGCCAGCAGAGUUUAAGGGCCGCCUGGAGCACAUACUACACAAACACAGAGCUGGUGAUCAUGGUCAUAGACUCAACGGACCGGGAACGGCUGGCGGUGACGCGCGAGGAGCUGUAUCGCAUGCUGCAGCAUGAGGACCUGAGCAAGGCCAGCCUGCUGGUAUAUGCGAACAAGCAAGAUCUGAAGGGAUCGAUGUCGGCGGCCGAAAUCUCACGGCAACUGGACCUGACCUCCAUCAAAAAGCACCAGUGGCACAUCCAGGCGUGUUGUGCGCUCACCGGCGAGGGCUUGUAUCAGGGCCUGGAGUGGAUCGUUCAGCGCAUCAAAAACAAAUGACAGGCCACUCUAGUAGCGUACGACCAUAGUUAAUAAUUGUAGAAAAGUAAAUCAAUUUUUAUGUAAAUGUAAAGGCACACAUAAUACUGAUAAAACGAUGUAACAGAUUUUAAGCGUUUCGCCGAUUGUUUGAAAAGUUGUUGCCAAGCCAAUUUUAUUAAGUGUAUAAUAUAACGAUCCCUCUCCCCCCCUCAAUGAUAAAAAUUUACGAGUGGUACGAGUUAUGAUAAUGAUAAAGUCUAAGAUCUAAGCCAAUUAACUACUUCCAAUAAAAUUACAAAAUAAAAGAGUUUAUUUCGAAACUGUUUCGUAUUAAAUUGAAUACAGAAUUGGACGUAUCUUUCCACUCCUGUCUUCUCUUCGAACAUUGCCUUAUAAUUGACACUGUUAGCGCGAUUCGCUCGCUUGUUUGUUGAUGUUUGAGAUUAAUUUGUACUCUAUCGUCUAAAAUAAAUACAUGGUUGUGUAAAAGUUAGUACAUAAAUUAAAGGGCUUACUCGCAGCCGCCAGUAAGUAACGCGUAAAAACAGUUUUAGGAUUAGGAUUAAAUAUUAGCAAACUAAAUAUAUAGCCACACGAACAGUUUGAUCACAAAACGUAAAAGCAAAAUAAAACAAUAUCAAAACGGU